CGCGGGGAAGCUUGCGGGGGGGCAGGGGGUCCCUAGCCGGCCGCAUCACCUCUUCCUCAGCCCAUGUCCGCCUGAGCAACCAGAAGGAUGGGAAAGGGGGGUAGGGCGAGAGAUGGGGGCAGGAGGAAUGGGGCAAGAGAGACACGGGGUCUAGAGAAGGACGAUCUCUUUCGGGGAGGAGCAGUAUCAGCCUGUGUGCGUCUGGGCCUGGGGUGGGCUGCACGGUUGCCAGUUGUUUCUGUGUAUCCGCGGCGGGGUGUCUGUCCGCUAGAGUCAGAGCUCAGUUCCGCGCCCGCAGGGUACACAGGUACGCGUACGCGCUGGGUGGAUUUGGGCUUGGCUUUUCGCGUCCUUGCCUACAUUUUUGGGUCAGUCUAGAUUUUUGUUUUCCUGGAGAGUCAAUUUCCUAGAGGAAUCACUAAGCUGGCCUGAUCUCACCUGACUAACGUCGAGAGCCACCCCGGUCUCUCGCCAGCGUGGGGCUCAGGCCGGGGCCACCAUGGCGCAGCCUCCACGCCCAGCUACACUCUCGCACACGCUGCUGCUCCUGCCAGCCGUUCUGAGCUCAGGUUGGGGGGAGUUGGCGCCGCGAAUUGAUGGCCGGGCCUGGGCUGAGCGGGCACUUUUGGAGAAUGAACGCCACGCCUUCACCUGCCGAGUGGCAGGGGGGCCUGGCACCCCGCAACUGGCCUGGUACCUGGAUGGUCAGCUGCAGGAGGCCAGCACCUCAAGACUGCUGAGUGUGGGCGGAGAGGCCUUCUCUGGAGGCACCAGCACCUUCACUGUCAUUGCCCAGCGGGCCCAGCAUGAGCUCAACUGCUCUGUGCAGGAUCCAGGCAGGGGCCGGCCAGCCAACGCCUCCGUCAUCCUCAAUGUGCAAUUUAAGCCAGAGAUUGCUCAGGUCGGAGCCAAGUACCAGGAAGCUCAGAACCAGGGCCUCCUCGUCCUUUUUGCCCUGGUGCGUGCCAACCCGCCUGCCAAUGUGACCUGGAUCGACCAGAAUGGGCCAGUGACUGUCAACACUUCCAACUUCCUGGUGCUGGAUGCCCAGAACUACCCCUGGCUCACCAACCACACUGUGCAGCUGCAGCUCCGAAGCCUGGCAUACAACCUAUCCGUGGUAGCCACCAAUGAUGUGGGUGUCACCAGCGCCUCACUUCCAGCCCCAGGACUCCUGGCCACCCGGGUGGAAGUGCCACUGCUUGGCAUUGUUGUGGCUGGAGGGCUUGCCCUGGGCACCCUGGUGGCGUUCAGCACCUUGGUGGCCUGCCUGGUCUGCAGGAAAGAGAAGACCAAAGGCCCCUCCCGGCGCCCGUCUCUGAUCUCUAGUGACUCUAACAACGUGAAACUCAACAACGUGCGCCUGCCCCGGGAGAACCUGUCCCUCCCAUCCAACCUUCAGCUCAACAACCUCACUCCGGAUUCCAGAGGGAAACCAGCAGACCAGCAGGUGGCUCAGAACAACAGCCAGCCAGAACUGCUGGACCUAGAGCCCGGCGGCCUCCUCACCAGCCAAGGUUUCAUCCGUCUCCCAGUGCUGGGCUACAUCUAUCGAGUAUCCAGUGUGAGCAGUGAUGAAAUCUGGCUCUGAGCUGAGGGCGAGAUGAAGGGUGCCGUGGCCUCUGGGCACCCUCGUACUCUUCAAAGGCCUCCUCUGCCCAGCCAUGUUGCCAACAAGAGGAGGCCAUGCCACUGCCACUUUUGCUUGCCCCCUGGUUGGGGUGCCCUCUCUGUCAUCCACAUGAUGGUUCAUUGGGAUCCGACCCGCAGGGGCAUAGGUAUCCUUGGCAAGGCUGCUGGCUGGACCCAAGUCCUUGUUCUAACUCAGGUGGGGGUCCUGCAUGUUAUACUCACGUCCAGUCAGAUAGAGCUCUUGGCCCAGGUAUUUAGAGGUCAUCCAGCAUGUAAGUGUGGCAUGGCCCUGUUGGCUUGGGCCUGCUCUGUGUCCUCCACCAGUACUCCUCAGCACCUUGUACAGCAGGCAUGGGGGCAUGCCUGGUUGUGGGACAAGGAGGGUCCUGCACAUCUUGGAUUUCCUUCCCAUGCUAUGCAACUUGGUUCCCUCAGGGAAAAUUUAGGACCUCGCUAGCUUCAUAGAACCAAACUGCCCUUUGCAAAGGAACCAACCUCUGGCCCAGGGGCAUUGGCCAAGCACAAACUAGUCCCUUUUGCGCAUACCUCUGCCCUUUCUUUGCCGCCUGUGUCCCCACCUUCUCUUGGGCGCUAGACUUCUCCACUGGCCCAGCCUCUGGCGGUGUUAGUGCCUGGUGUUAACACAAAUCAGACGGAAAAGAGGGAGGUGAGAAGUCUGCUGGCAUCUAGGACAGCAUGUAGCUAUGCUUCAUUUUUUUACACUGUUAGUAAUUCCCCGGGGGGGGGGGGCUCAGGGCCCCUCUGUGGCUUCCCCAAGUCUGGUCUUCCUGUGAUUCACUGAGUGCCCUGAGCCCUCUACAUUGGUGGUUUCCUUCUCAACAUGUCUCUCCUGCCCUGGGACCCACCCCAGCCCUGACCAACCCACUCUUCCUGUCCCACCCUUUGUUCUUCAGGGGAUGGUCAUAGUGGCACUUAAUUCAACAGUGUGGGAAGCUUUAGGGGGACAUGGAGAAAGAGGGAGACCACAUACCCCAAAAUGACCUAAGGACACUUUACAAAGCAUCAUGAAAAUGACUGCAAAUUAACAUAGUGUGGAGUAUAUUUUUCAUUGUUAUCUAGUUUUAUAAUUUUUCUCAUGUUACUGCCUAGGACAGUGCUGAGCACACAGUAAAUUCAAUAAACUUGAGGGAGUGAAUGUUA